AGCUAUAUAACUUCCUUAUGUUUCUCAAAGCGGCGAUCCUCUCCUUAUCGGCGAUUGUGUUGGUCAGUGGUGACUGCAACUGCUCUCGUAAUGACAUGCCCGCCGAUGACAUGCCUGAGCGUGUGAUCCAUCCGUUGCCAUAUACAUACAGGACCGAGGAGUCUCUACCUGAGCAUUUCGAUUGGAGAAACGUUGACGGGACCAACUUCAUCACUCCUGUUCUCAAUCAGCAUGCUCCGAGAUAUUGCGGUUCGUGCUGGUUACAUGCUGGCGUUGGUGUCCUGAAUGACAGACUGAAGAUUGCUCGUAAAGGUCAAUGGCCAGAGGUGAUGCUAGCACGUCAAGUGGUGUUGAACUGUGGUGGUGAAGUCGCUGGAAGCUGUGAUGGUGGUUCUGAUUAUGGUGUCUUUGUGUAUGCCUCGCUAUAUGGUAUUCCUGAUGACUCGUGUCAAGGGUAUAUUGCUGAGGAGCAGGAGUGUACUGAUAUUCACAAGUGCAUUAACUGUGAUCCUCCUAGUGUGGGAGCGCCAUGCUAUCCAGUGCAAAGGUACGGUAAGUACUAUGUUGACGAAUAUGGUAAGAUGGAGAACCCCACAGUUCACCAAAUGAAAGCGGAGAUCUUUACUCGAGGCCCUAUCUCUUGCGCCAUCACUGCAAGUCUGGUCGAGGGAGACGGUACGCCAAGGACAAACAUUGUCAAUGUUAAGGACGAGCAGUUGGAGACGGAUCAUGACGUUGUAAUUGUUGGCUGGGCCGUCGAUCCCGAGAAGGGCGAAUACUGGGUAGUGAAGAACUCGUGGGGGAGCUUCUGGGGUGACAAGGGCUAUUUCUAUGUCAAGAGUGGUGUCAAUGCUCUAUCUAUUGAAACGGAGUGUGCAUGGGCUACUAUUGAGGCUCAACCGAGAGUUGCAGACUACGGCCCCAAGGACUGGGAUAGAGUAUUCCGGUCGGCAUUGAAACCUAAGGUUCCCGAAUGCGAGAUGAUCACUGUAUGAGAAGUUGUUCACAUAGGGAAGACUUUUUCUCAUCGUAUUCACUCUUUUCUAGAUCGUUGUUUGUUUCUUGACCAUGUAAGCAUCUAUUAACAUAGCUCGAUUCGCAUUAGAUUAGAUCAUAGCUUGCACAUGUUCCAUUGCACUUCCUUUCUUAACUCGAAUAUUACUGCGAG